AAAUUGUAUUGCUUGAUUCACUUCUACAAGAGAUUAUGAAAUUCUAAAAUGGCGUUCACAGAUCCGUCGCUGGAGGUCAAUUUUAUCAACUUUAAUCAGGACUGUACCAGCCUAGCACUUGGUACAAGAACUGGGUAUAAACUAUUCUCCCUGAAUUCUAUAGAGAAGUUGGAUCUUAUUUAUGAAUCGCCUUGCAGAGAUGUCACCAUUGUCGAGAGAUUAUUCUCAUCCUCCCUUAUUGCCCUUGUAUCUCAGUCCUCUCCACGUCGUCUUCGCGUCUGCCAUUUCAAGAAGGGUACAGAAAUAUGCCAGUACAGUUACAGUAACACUAUACUAGCAGUUAAACUUAAUAGAGCUAGGCUUGUGGUCUGCCUAGAGGAGGCUUUAUAUAUUCAUAAUAUUAGGGAUAUGAAGGUUCUCCAUACAAUCAGAGAAACUCCUUCCAAUCCCCGAGGCUUGUGUGCACUAAGUAUCAACAGUGACAACUGUAUCCUGGCGUACCCUGGCUCAACCACCUCCGGAGAGGUUCAACUUUUUGAUGCUUUUAAUCUACAGGCCAAGUUAAUGAUACCGGCGCAUGAUGCUCCACUCGCAGCUCUUUCUUUUAAUCCGUCAGGUUCCAGACUUGCUAGUGCGUCAGUUCGUGGUACUGUAAUUCGUAUAUUUAAUGUGGUAGACGGAACCAGGCUAAUUGAGUUCAGGCGUGGAGUUAAGCGGUGUGCUCUAGUUUACAGUCUUGCUUUUAGUCAGGACAGUCAAUUUCUUGCCCUGGCAUCAAAUACUGAAACUAUUCAUAUAUUCAGGGUAGAGGAGGGCCAUCAACAACAAGAAGAAAAUCAUCAGAAACAGACAAACAUACAUCCAACUGAGGAUGGUUCUUGGAUGGGAUAUUUAUCUAAAGCUGUAUCUGUGAGUGCUAGUUACCUUCCUACCCAGGUUACCGACACCUUGAACCAAUUUCGAGCCUUCGCUACAGUAACAGUUCCAUCUGCAGGGGUUCCUAAUAUCGUCUCUAUUGCAACACUAUCAAGACAAAUCAGGCUGCUGAUGGCAAGUAUGGAUGGAUACUUCUAUGUGUACAAUAUACCAGUAGAGGGUGGAGAGUGUACAAUGAUUAAACAGCACAAACUGGACACCGAGUGUACGAUACAGGAUUGUAAAGGAGAGGAAGGUGGAGGAGGAGGAGAUAAAACAUAUUCACCUCCUGACUCUCCAGCAGUUAUUCCGGUCACUCAGGUCAGGACUGAGAAGACCUGCAAACUGGUUUUUUUUAAACUUUUAUUUUUAUUGUAAAUUGUCUAGUUUAUA